CUUGGUUUCGUUUUGCAUGAAGUAGAAAAGUUUAGGUCUGGGCUUCACAGGCUUCACUUCAGAUCAUAUGCUGUCAGGAUCUUCUUGCUGCUCAAAAUAAUUUGCAAAUUUUACAUUUGUAAAGGAAACAGCAGCACUUUGAAAGGUGAGACUGAAAACAUUAAAGAAUGGCUUUCAUUGAUGAUUUCUAUAUGAUAACUCAGGAAGAUCUGGAAGGUAUUAAAGAAUCAAUAUCUACUCAGGAUCUCCCAACAGCUGUAAAUACUAUCAAAGAAGUACUUGAAAAACAGGAUCUUGUAGAACUUAACAUUGGCGUGACAGGGGAGUCUGGUUCUGGAAAAUCCACGUUUGUCAAUGCAUUCAGAGGUUUAGGGGAUGAAGAAGAGGGUUCUGCUAAAACUGGCCCUGUAGAAACCACUAUGGAGCCUGAAGUUUAUCCUCACCCAAAAUACAAAACUGUGAAAGUGUGGGAUCUUCCUGGCAUUGGAACACCAAACUUCAAAGCUGAUGAGUAUCUGAAACUGGUUGCAUUUGAACGUUAUGAUUUUUUCAUCAUCAUUGCUUCAGAUCGGUUCAGAGAAUGCCACAUUCAGCUGGCCGAAGAGAUCAUGAGAAUGGGGAAAAAGUUUUAUUUUGUACGUUCCAAGAUUGACUCUAGCAUUGCUGCUGAGAAGAGGAAGAAGAGCUUUGACCAGAAAAAGACACUAGAUAUUAUCCGAGAGGACUGUGAAAAUGGUCUGAGAAAGAUUGGUAUAGAGGAUCCUGUUGUGUUCCUGAUCUCUAACUUUGAGCUUGGCAAGUAUGAUUUAAAUCAGCUGCAGGAGAGAAUGGAGCGAGAGCUUCCAGAGCAUAAGAGAAAUGUGCUGAUGCUGGCUUUGCCGAAUAUCACACUGGAGAUUAAUGAGAAAAAGAAGAAAGUUCUACAGGAAAACAUUGGAAAAGUUGCCUUACUGUCUGCUUUGGUGGCUACGGUCCCAAUUCCUGGUCUUUCAGUUGGUAUGGAUGUAGCCAUUGUUACAAAGGAGAUAGAAACCUACUACAGUACCUUUGGUCUUGAUGAUCCAACUCUGCAGAAGCUUUGUGAAAGAUCUGGGAAGACCAUUGAAGAAUUCAAAAGUCUAAUGAAGUCGCCACUGAGGGCUGGGAUAAACCCAGCUUCAAUAUUAUCCUUAGCGGGUGCUGCAUUCCUGGUUGUGGCUGAAAAUACAGUUGAGUAUGCUGUGAGUCUGAUACCCAUACUUGGCAGUGUGGUGGCCGGAGGAAUGUCAUAUAUGACAGUCUCAGCAAUGCUGAAGAGAGCUCUGAAUGACAUAGCAGAAGAUGCCAAAAACGUGCUUAUGGUUUCAUUGCAGACUGAAGUGUAAACACAGAAUAUGACAUAGACAAAACAUGUAUUCCAGUAGCGGAUACUUUUAUUUCAGCUUGUAGCAAAUUUCUGUUCGUUGACUAAAGGUGAUCUUGCAUUUCUUUUUACUUUGUUCUGUUGUUAUUUCUUUAACUGAAAUUAACUUUCCCCUCAGAAAAAUAAUGCAGCAUCAUAAUCUCUGUUGCUACACUCAAGAUAGACAACAUUAAAAAAAAUUAUCACUUUGG